AUGAUGAUCUGUGAUGAUCUGCAAUCAAUGAAGACGGGAGACAGUGGUGGACCUCUCGUUGUUAAGGAUGAUGACUACCAUAUGAUAGUCGGUGUAGUCUCUUGGGGACAGGGAUGUGCCAGACCCAACUUCCCGGGCGUAUAUUGCAGAGUAAACAGGUACCUUCCCUGGAUCCUCAAGUACACCGCGGAUGCUUGCCAAUGCACCAGGCUUCCGAGACAGGAAUCUUCGGACGAAGACGGUCCCAAAGUGAUAUCUGUGACGACGGCCAACAAUCUAACCGAUGAAGAUUGGGGUAUCAAGGCAGAGCAAUGAUUUAGGAACUCUUAUGCUUGGAUCUCUUAGUUUUAACGUUAACAAUACCAACUAUAUAAACAACUAUUCAAAGAGAAAAAAAUUAUCGAGUUCUAUGGGUGCUUGUUAUUUGAAUGAUUUCAACUUCAAUUAUUUCUUUGUACUUACAAAUUUAAUAAUAUCUGAUACUUUAUAUGUAGUACUUUAGUAUGAGAAAGUGGAUAAUCUCUUUUGGUCUUAAAAUAUAAAUAAGGUCUCAAUGAAUCAUGAAGUCCAAGACAGUAAAUUGGUAGGAUCAAGGAUCUCAGAAGUUGUUAAAAGGUAACAAAACCAUUUUUUUUUAAGACAAUCAAUCUUAAAAGUUUAUAGAAAAUAGUAUAUUAUUUAUUAGUUUAUUUAUUGUUGAAUCUUAU